AUGGUGCUUGCUCGCAUCGCCGCCUUGCUCGCGCUCGCCACUGGCGCCUGCGCAUUCGUGCCGGGGACUGUGCGCGGACGUUCGGCCCAGGCGACGGCGCCCGCGGCCGCUGGCAGCGCGGGCCGUCCCACGUCCUCCACGGAGCCUGCUCCGUUUGGCGCCUGCAUCCUGGGCGGGCUCGGCCUCGGGUACGCUGCCGCCGUGGCUUCGAAGGCCAGGACGGCCCGCCGCGCGGAGCCGAAGCCGCAGAUCGCGGCGGCACGGACUCCAGUGGCCUACCCCAUCUUCACCUUCCGCUGGCUGGCGGUGCAUAUGCUGGCGGUGCCCACUGUCUUCUUCCUCGGGGCCAUCAGCUCCAUGCAGUUCAUCCAGCGCUAA